AUUUUCAGUAUAGAGAAAAACCCAUCAAUGGCGUCCGCGUGAAUUUACCUCUAUUUUUUUUGUUGUUUUUACUUGAAAUAUAUGCAAAUUGCAAUUCACUCUGAAAAGUUAAAAAUAUAACUAUACAUAUAUGUUACUAAACAUGGCGCUGCCCAGCAACUACAAGCAAAUCGCUGUUGGGGCACCAACAGGGCCGGCAACACCGCUACCCAGCGGCGGGGCCGGUGGCGGCGGCGGUGGCAGUGGUAGCAGCCGGUCGCGUUCCUCUGGCGGUGGCGCUGCUGGCGACAGAAAUAAGGACCAGACGCCCAUAUUUACGCAUAGUAAUUACGGAAAUCCUGCAUUUACGCCACAGAAAGUGACCAAAUCCUCGAGCAGCAAGACUCAAAGCGAAUCGCGCUUACCAAAGCCACCGAAGCCACCAGAGAAACCCAUAUUGCCUUAUAUGCGCUACUCGAAGCGUGUGUGGGACAGCGUCAAGGCGCAGCAUCCGGAACUGAAGUUAUGGGAGCUGGGCAAAAAGAUUGGCGUUAUGUGGAAACAACUGAACGAAGACGAGCGAACCGAAUAUAUAGACGAGUACGAGGUGGAGAAGCUGGAGUAUGAGAAAGCAUUAAAGGCAUAUCAUCAGACGCCCGCAUACCAAGCUUAUAUAUCUGCCAAAUCCAAGGUUAAACCUGAGGCAACCGAUGUCCACGAGACACCAUCGCGCGGCGGCGGCAGCAAAAGCCAGCACGAGCGGCGCAUCGAUAUACAGCCAGCCGAAGAUGAAGAUGAUCUGGAUGAGGGAUAUACCGCCAAGCAUAUGGCCUAUGCACGCUAUCUGCGCAACCAUCGCUUAAUCAACGAGAUCUUCUCAGAAGCUGUGGUGCCCGAUGUGCGCUCUGUGGUAACCACACAGCGGAUGCAAGUGCUCAAGCGCCAGGUUAGCUCGCUGACAAUGCAUCAGACCAAGCUGGAGGCCGAGCUGCAGCAGAUGGAGGAAAAGUUUGAGGCGAAGAAACAACGAAUGCUUGAGUCGAGCGAUGCUUUUCAAGAGGAGCUCAAACGGCAUUGCAAGCCCGCCGUGGACGAGGACACAUUUCAGAAAAUGGUGCAUCGCAUGUACGAGGAUUUCAAGCGCGGCCAACGCAUCGAAGAAGGGCCCAAUCGCAAAGAGGAUGCACCGCAACCGCAACAACCUCCACCGGCGCAACCGCCGGCGCCCGAAGCGAGUGUUGCUCCCAAACCCGAGCCAGUCAAGCCGCCCAUUGUCGUAGCACCACCGCCGCCACAACCCGCGCCCGUGCAUGAGCUGGCCAGCAAAACAGACCCGGAGCCCAUGGAUAUUGAACCAUCGCCAAAGCCAUCAGUGCCACCGCCACCGCCGCCAACGAAGCAUGACAAACUGGACUUGCCGCCGGUGCCGUUGAACGAACCCAUCAAAGAUACGCUGAAAGCUGCACCGCCAACAGUGGUGACUAUGCCUGGCAAAGCGACUACUCCCACUGCAACACCUGCGGCAACACCACCACCGCCGCCGCUAAGCAAUGAGCCACCAGCUACAACGCCUACGCCGCCGCCACCCCAACAGCAACCACCGCUGCCGCAAGCGGCAGCUGCAGCAGCUCCACAAAUGCACCCACAUGCGCAUGUAGGUGGACCGCCGCCUCCACACAUGCCACCGCACAUGGCGCCACAACAGCAGCAGCAACCGCAACAACAGCCGCAGCAGCCACCGCCUGGCGGCAUGCCCGGACUGCCGCCGCCGUUGCCACAUAUGGGCUAUGCCAACUAUGGUGGGCCCGGUCCUGGCCAGCACUCGCACACGCACUAUUAUCAGCCACAGUAUGGCCCGCAUUCGCGGCCACAGCCCUACUACACGCACCUGCCGACCUAUCAGCCCUAUUCGUCGCUGCACUUUACCAGCGCUCGAGAGCAUGGUGGGGUCAAUGCUCCACCUGGUGCGGCACAACAGCAACAGCCACCACCACCGCCACAGCAACAACAACAGCAGCAGCAACCACCACCACAGCAACCACCGCCGGGGCACAUGCAUGAAACGGCCCCAGGCCCGGCCACUGUUUAUGGAGCACAACAGCCGCCGCCACCACAACCUCAUACGCUGCCACAGCCGGCGACACAACCAGCGCCAGCAUCAGCACCGCCCCCAACACCAACAGCAGUGCCACCCGGAGCACCAGCGGCUACACCACCGCCUGUGAGUGGAGCGCCCGCCUCACAGCCGCCGCCGUCAGCAGCGAAUGAUGCGGCAAACAAGCCUGAAUCGGAUAAGCACGAAACGGACUAGAGACACAAGGAACACCCAAUGCGCUGAAAUUUCGAGAAACACCUUUAAAACAUGUAUGCAUACUCGAUCCAAUAUCCAAUCACUCGAAUGUGCGCGUUGUAAACUAGACUCCCAAUCAAUGUACAGCGCACCGUAGUGAAGCAAAGAGAAGAAAAAAACAUCAUUUAGUCUUAAGCACAAAAACUAUAUUAAAUAAUUAUACAUUUCAUAUUUUUCUUUUUUUUUUAUUGCAUUUGUACGAAACUAAUUCACUAAUUUUUUACUUGAGUCACACAUUAUAACUAUAAAAAGAAAACUAUAAAUACG